AUGCAGGUUCUGCUGUGAGCUUUGAUUCCUGAGCGGUGGCUGUGCCUAGCCGAGUUCAGGGCUGGGCACACGUUCGUGUUAAACAGCAGCCAGCAAUGUGCUGAUUGCUCAGAGCAUGCAGUGUCUGGAUGCUUCUUGGUGUGGAGCAGUAGAAGCAGAGGAAUGCUGCUGGAGAGCUUACUCGGGAGGAGACAGAGAGGAUGGCCUGGUAAAUGGCUGUUUUGCAAUUCAGGAUGUCAGCCUGGACUCCUGCAGACAGGUCAAUAGAGACUCCAACCGUCAUGUUAAGGUAAAGCAGAAAAGUGCAGUGCUGAACAUGCUAAAGAAGUUGGACAAAAUAAGGUUCAGAGGUCACAAGAGAGAUGAGUUCCUUGAUUUAGCAGAGUCUCCAAAUGCUUCAGACACUGAAUGUGGAGAUGAAAUCCCAGUGAAGAUACCUCGAACGUCUGCUCGAGAUAAUGAAGAGUUGAGAGACCCUGCUGGUCCAGGGACCACCAUCAUGGCUUCAGGAGUCCAGGAUUUUAACAGAACAGAGUCUGACAGACUGAAUGAGAUCAAAGGUCACCUGGAAAUAGCCUUACUGGAAAAACACUUUUUACAGGAGGAGCUCAGGAAGCUGAGAGAAGAAACAAACGCUGAAACAUUAAGGCAGGAGCUAGAAAAGGAGCGGCAGAGGAGAUUAGAGCUAGAACAAAGAGUCAAUGAAGUACUUAAAGCAAGGGCAGAAGAGGUGCCUGCAGCUCAGCAACCUGCAAAGCCACAGGCACAGGCCAAUGGAACAGAUAAGAGCUCUCACACAGUCUCCUCAAGACUCCAUAAGUGGUUUUGUGAUAAAUUUGGGGAGUAUAUUGAGGACUUCAGAUUUCAGCCAGAAGAGAAUACAGUGGAAACAGAAGAGCCACUUAGUGCUAGAAGGUUGACUGAAAAUAUGAGAAGAUUAAAGAGAGGUGCCAAACCUGUUACAAAUUUUUUGAAGAAUCUUUCUGCCUUAUUAGACUGGUAUUCUAUCUACACUUCUGCUAUUGCCUUUAUUAUUUACAUCAAUGCUGUAUGGCAUGGCUGGGCCAUUCCUAUGUUCUUAUUUUUAGCAAUUUUGAGGUUAUCCCUAAAUUACCUCAUAGCCAGGGGUUGGAGGAUACAGUGGAGCAUUGUGCCUGAAGUUUCUGAACAGAUGGAGCCCCCAAAAGAGGACCUGACUGUGUCUGAGAAGUUCCAGCUUGUUCUGGAUGUGGCUCAGAAGGCUCAGAACCUUUUUGGCAAGAUGGCAGACAUACUGGAGAAAUUUAAAAACUUGUUCAUGUGGGUCCAGCCAGAAAUAACACAGAAGCUCUACAUUGCUCUAUGGGCAGCUUUUAUUGCAUCCUGCUUUUUGCCCUACAGGAUUCUUGGGCUUGCAUUGGGACUCUAUGCUGGAGUCAAGUUUUUCCUUAUUGAUUUUAUCUUCAAACGAUGCCCCAGACUAAGAGAUAAGUAUGACACUCCUUACAUCAUCUGGAUAAGCCUCCUGACAGAUCCUCAGCUCAAAGAAAGAUCUAAUGCUACAGUGUCGAGACGGCUUCAAACAGCAACUGCCAGGAGUUAUGUGGGCUCAAGUGCCCCCACUGGAAUAAGCAAAGAUGAAGACACAAGUCGUUUUCAUUCCACCAAGAGAGGAAAUUUCCAUGAAGUUUUUAACCUGCCAGAGAAUGAACGUCCUUUGCCAGUGUGUGAAAAUGGCUGGCGCUGUUGCUUGAUCAACAGAGAUCGGAAGAUGCCCACAGACUACAUCAGGAAUGGAGUUCUCUAUGUCACAGAAAAUUACUUGUGCUUUGAAAGCUCAAAAUCUGGCUCAUCAAAAAGAAAUAAAGUUAUAAAGCUGUCGGACAUAACAGAUAUCCAGAAGUAUAAAGUGCUCUCUGUUCUCCCGGGAUCAGGGAUGGGUAUUGCUGUAUCAACACCAUCUACACAGAAACCUUUGGUGUUUGGUGCCAUGGUACACAGAGAUGAGGCUUUUGAGGCAAUUUUCAGCCAAUACAUGAAAAUCACAUCUGCAUCAUCCAGCACUGAAAGCUAGUGUCUUAUCUUGGAAGAACUAAAGGAAACUUCCUUCUUGUAUGACUUGGUAGUGAAAAAAUGAACAUCCUCAUCUACUUUGCAAUAAUUUUUCUUGUCUGGUGGUUUAUAUUCUAUCUGUUACAUAAACCAAGUGUAUUUUA